AUCAGUCAGCAGCACUGUCGGACAAUGGGAUCUGAACAAAUCAAGAUGGCUUCCAAUGUAGCUGCACUGUAGCAUUUUAGACAAUAGUGACACUGACACCCCGGUCACAUCAAGCCACUUACAGUGAAACACUUACAGUGAAGUCGCACAAUUUCAAAGUCGGGUGAGAUGCUGAUUUCAGGUGCAAUUUGCAAGACAUCUGACACAGGUGUCUAUGCAAAUCACACCAAAAGUAGUGCAUGUACUACUUUAGAAAUUGGUGCGGCUCCAACCAAGGCGGAACCGCACCGAUUUGACUACUCUAAUUGCAGACAAUAGGGUGCGACUUGGCAUACGA